ACAAAGAGCUUGUUCUGGAUUGUUCUGAACUAUUGGAACCAAAGCAACUUCAGUUUGUCAAGUCCAAUUUCUCAACCCUUCCAUUUUCUGCAGAUGGCAUUUAUUUAGCAAGGGGAUGCUAUAGGUGAGGUAAGUUUUCUUUUUUCCACAAAACAUGUGCUAUCUUUUUGCUCUAUUUUGAAAGGGUAUUAUGAUUAACCAUACCACUAUUUAAAACUUGUAAAGCUUCUUGAGAUUCUAAGAAGAAAUAUAAGGUAUGGGUCACAAAGAGCAAUUUUGUCUCUUGCAAUAGAAUUUUCUGUUUAAAAAAAUGUGAUUAAUUUGAAAGGCUGAUAGCUCCAAAAGAGCAUUCUGUUAGGUGGGAUAAUCAUUAUCAUAUUCCCAGCUGCUGUGUAUAUACCUUCUCUUAAAAGUGAAAAAGGAGAAAGCCAUUUUGCCGUGUGGAAGUGCCUUGUGUGUUCUAUAACAUCCAAAUGAAAUGUUCAGUGGUUGGAGGAGAGUCUGCUGUAUUUAGGACAAAUAGCUUCACUGUUAACCCUGAAGAAGCCUGAAGAUGUGAUUCUCAAGGGUCUUUGUGCUGUGGAUGAAAAUGGAAUCAUUAUUUUUGAGCCCCCCACCCCCGCUCACAUCAAUGACUCCCACCUGCAGCCGAUCCACUGGUUAUAAGUAGCCAUGAAUCGCCUUGCAGAUUGUAGGCAGGGUAAACAACCAGGGCCAGGCAAAAGCAAACUCCUGGUAAGCUCUAUUAGCUCUUUCUGUGUGUUUCAUUUCCAUUUCACACCUUGGGGUGGGAUACAAUCUCUACUUACACUGGUGUGGUGUGUGUCUGUCUCAGACCUGUGUGUAAGGUGCAUCUUUCAGUUCGGGCUGUAUAUUUUUUUCUUUUCUCUCUCUUUUUUUUUAAGACUGCUGUCUUAACACUUAAAGUAAUUUAAGAUUGGUUGUUUUUUCUUUUUUUGUUGUUAUUGUUAAGAAUUGCAGUUUCUUUGGAGACAACAAAGUGCAAUUUUUUUCAGAUGAAAAGGCAUACUCACUUUCUAGGUUGUAUUCAUAAUUGCUGUUUAUCACUGUAUAACAUUCUCCUUAUCAUGGACUCCUUUAAGCUAAUAACUGGUUUUAGGGGGGUUCAUUAAGAAAUGAAUGUGGAAAAAAAGAGGGCUGCAAAAUUCAGGUGAACCAAUAUACUAUUUCUUCUUCUUUGUCUCCCUUUAAAAAUGUUUCCUCUUUCUCUUUUCUACUUUUGCCCUCCCUUGUCCUCUCUCUCCCUCUUCUAUAUCUCUCUCUCUGGCCAUUGACAUUUCCCUGGUCCUUCCUUUCACUCAGCUUCCUUCCACAAUGCCCAGAGCACUCCUGCUGCUGGCUGUUGCCCUGGUGCAACUUGGGCUUGUGCAUGGAGCCGUGUUGAGAAACGAAGAAAAAUAGAAGCCCCUCAACAAUCCUAGAAACCGAGAUCUGGUAAGAACAGCCACUGGGACAUGCCAGGCUGCAGGGUGAAAUUGGCACCUCCUUGGAGUUAUGCACACUGCACUCUGCUAGAGCACGGUGGAGAGGAGGCUGCCAAGGGCUAAGAAGAUUCCCCAGCAGGACCAGAGAAGAAUUUUGCUAGCCUAGCGGCCGGUGUUCUAGCCCAUUUACACUUGUUUCUGUACGGAGAAACAAAUUUAUAUUUAGAAAUGACCUUAUACACACAUAGCACAUUACAUUUGUAAAUAUUAUAUACAUAUUGACUUCAUAGCCUUAAUUUCUAAUAUAUUGAUAUAUACAGAAUCAAGAGCGUACCAGGGAAUUACGUUUUGCACAGCUUAGGUCGAACUGAUAACAAAACAGAUUCUCACAUAACCAAUACUUGCAAAGCUCCAUUGCAAAAACUGAAAGUCAACCUGCAUUCUUUUCAAUUUGCUAGGCAUUCUUUUCAACAUAACGUUAUCUAGGAAAUAGAAUUCAAAAUACCAGUAAAACUUCUCUUUUAAAAAUAUGCCAAAUACAGUAAACAUGAUGACAUUACGAUUUCAAAAUAUAGUUUUUCUAAAGAAAAUGAUGUGAAAUAUACCAAUAUAGGAUUAAAACAAUCAAAGAGCACUUUGCACAGCUUCUGUGUAUUCACAGAAUACACAGCUGAAAACCCCACGUCUGAGAUGACUGGGAUCUAGCUCACCAUCAAUCGGAGAGGAGACACCUGAGCUCUGAUCACUGUGGAGUUCAGUUUCAUCUCUGACUUCAGUACUCAGAGAUGGCCAAUGAAUCUUCUCACUGUGGGCUGUUAAAUAAUUGAUAUUCAAGAAUGGUGAAUUAUCUUUGUUUAGAGUUGAAAUGUCAGGUAGAAAGGAGGGGGAAGGGGAGAAGGAGCCACAGCUUGUGUUUCUGAUUUUCCACCUCCUGCCUCCUGGGUUAGCUCUAAAGUCAAUUUGGGGGGGAAAUGAGAGGGGAAAAAUACUCAUCUUUGAGUAUUUGGAGUGUUUAAAUGAUAAAUGACAUUGAACAUUUUCUUUCUCUCUUCAGUUUUUCAGAACCCUUCAGGCAUAUUUUAAAGGAAGAGGUCUUGAUCUUGGAAUGUUUUCAAAUAUUUCCUCCAUGAACGAGAAUCCCGGACCUCUCUCUUUCCAAUCAGAACUUAUUGCUUCUGCAUUUGCAGAUUAUGAAGAACAGAAAAACUCCUUCCCCAAUUACCUCAAAGUCUGAAUGUUUCUUCUGAGUGCAGCUUAAACCGGAGGCCUGAGCCCGGCGGCAAGCGCGGCGACCCGGAGGGUCCAGCCGCUGUCCAGUCCGGGUCCUGCCCACGCCCACGUCGCCAGGAAGAGGCGGGGCCAGAAGUUCCUGCGGAACCCGAGCGCCGCGGUUGCGGCGCAGGCCGGGCAGUUUUCCCGGAAGGACUACGGGUCCUUGUUUUUAGCGCCUCGGCGUGGGGGUAGCGUCUGGGAGCUUCUGCUCUUCCGUUUCUCUGUUUCGGUUUCUGGAACUGCACAUCAGAUCCCCGCAGACAUGUCGGGGUUCAGCCCGGAGCUCAUCGACUAUCUGGAAGGGAAGAUCUCCUUUGAGGAGUUCGAAAGGCGGAGAGAAGAGAGAAAAACCCGUGAGAAGAAAAGUCUUCAGGAAAAAGGCAAGUCAUCAGCUGAGGAAAAUCCAAAUGACUCUGCAGUUCCAUCAUCAUCAGGAGUUGACUGUACCAAAUCUCAGGACGAAGAUGUCAAUGAAGGAGAAACAUCAGAUGGAGUCAGUAAGUCAGUUCACAAGGUCUUUGCUUCCAUGCUUGGAGAGAAUGAAGAUGAGGAGGAGGAGGAGGACGAGGAGGAGGACGAGGAGGAGGAGACACCUGAGCAACCCACUGCAGGCGACGUGUUUGUAUUAGAGAUGGUUCUCAAUCGUGAAACCAAGAAAAUGAUGAAAGAGAAAAGGCCUCGGAGUAAACUUCCCAGAGCUCUGAGAGGUCUCAUGGGUGAAGCCAACAUUCGCUUUGCUCGAGGAGAACGUGAAGAGGCGAUAUUGAUGUGCAUGGAAAUCAUAAGACAAGCUCCUUUGGCUUAUGAGCCAUUUUCUACUCUUGCUAUGAUAUAUGAGGACCAAGGUGACAUGGAGAAAUCACUGCAGUUUGAGUUGAUUGCUGCACAUUUAAAUCCCAGUGACACUGAAGAAUGGGUUAGAUUGGCAGAAAUGUCCCUGGAACAAGACAAUAUUAAGCAGGCUAUUUUUUGCUACACAAAAGCACUUAAAUAUGAACCUACUAAUGUCCGUUAUCUGUGGGAGCGAUCAAGCCUUUAUGAACAGAUGGGAGAUCACAAAAUGGCAAUGGAUGGUUAUAGGCGUAUUUUAAACCUUUUGUCUCCGUCUGAUGGAGAACGAUUUAUGCAAUUGUCCAGAGAUAUGGCAAAGAGUUACUAUGAAGCCAAUGAUGUUAUUUCAGCUAUUAACAUAAUUGAAGAAGCUUUCUCAAAGCACCAGGGCCUAGUCUCCAUGGAAGAUGUUAACAUUGCAGCUGAACUAUACAUUUCUAAUAAACAAUAUGACAAAGCUUUGGAGGUAAUUACAGAUUUUUCUGGAAUUGUGCUAGAAAAAAAAACUACAGAAGAAGGCACUUCAGAAGAGAAUAAAAGUUGUAGUUUCCUCUGCAUAGGAGAGUCUGGUGAGAAUGUUUCCUGCACUAUACCGGAUGGUGUGCCAAUAGAUAUCACAGUGAAGUUGAUGGUCUGCCUUGUACAUCUCAACAUCCUUGAACCACUUAAUCCUCUCUUGACAACACUCGUGGAACAGAAUCCCGAAGACAUGGGAGACCUCUAUCUCGAUGUUGCUGAAGCUUUUCUGGAUGUUGGUGAAUAUAAUUCUGCACUUCCCCUCCUUAGUGCGCUAGUCUGCUCUGAAAGAUAUAACCUCGCAGUGGUUUGGCUUCGGCAUGCAGAAUGCUUAAAGGCCUUAGGCUAUAUGGAGCGUGCUGCCGAAAGCUAUGGCAAAGUGGUUGAUCUGGCCCCCCUCCAUUUGGAUGCAAGAAUUUCACUUUCCACCCUUCAGCAGCAGCUGGGCCGUCCUGAGAAAGCUCUGGAAGCUCUGGAACCAAUGUAUGAUCCAGAUACUUUAGCACAAGAUGCAAAUGCAGCACAGCAGGAACUGAAGUUGCUGCUUCAACGUUCUACUCUAUUGUUUUCACAAGGCAAAAUGUAUGGUUAUGUGGAUACCUUGCUUACCAUGUUAGCCAUGCUUUUAAGGGUAGCAAUGAAUAGAGCCCAAGUCUGUUUGAUAUCUAGUUCCAAAUCUGGAGAGAGGCAUCUCUACCUUAUUAAAGUGUCAAGAGACAAAAUAUCAGACAACAAUGACCAAGAGUCGGCAAAUUGUGAUGCAAAAGCAAUAUUUGCUGUACUCACGAGUGUUUUGACAAAAGAUGACUGGUGGAACCUUCUUUUGAAGGCCAUAUACUCCUUAUGUGACCUAUCCCGAUUUCAGGAGGCUGAGUUACUUGUGGAUUCUUCAUUGGAAUAUUACUCAUUUUAUGAGGACAGGCCAAAACGCAAAGAGCUAGAAUACUUUGGUCUCUCUGCUGCAAUUCUGGACAAAAAUUUCAGAAAGGCAUAUAACUAUAUCAGGAUAAUGGUAAUGGAAAAUGUCAAUAAACCCCAGCUCUGGAACAUUUUCAAUCAAGUUACCAUGCAUUCCCAAGAUGUACGACAUCACCGCUUUUGUCUCCGUUUAAUGCUGAAAAACCCAGAUAAUCAUGCCCUGUGUGUCUUGAAUGGACACAAUGCAUUCGUAUCUGGUAGUUUUAAGCAUGCACUUGGACAGUAUGUGCAGGCCUUUCGCAGCCAUCCCCAUGAACCUCUCUACAGCCUCUGUAUAGGCCUAACCUUUAUUCACAUGGCAUCUCAGAAGUAUGUAUUAAAGAGACAUGCUCUUAUUGUGCAGGGCUUUUCCUUUCUUAAUCGAUACCUCAGUCUACGUGGGCCUUGCCAGGAGUCAUUCUACAAUUUGGGCCGUGGCCUUCACCAACUGGGGCUGAUUCACCUUGCAAUCCACUAUUAUCAGAAGGCCCUGGAGCUCCCUCCAUUCAUGGUAGAGGGUAUGGAAGUUGACCAGUUAGACUUACGAAGAGAUAUUGCCUACAAUUUGUCUCUCAUAUAUCAGAACAGCGGGAAUAUUGGAAUGGCUCAGAAGCUUUUAUAUACUUAUUGUUCUAUAUAAAGCCCCUCAGCUGGGUAAGCAGCUUGGGCAGCUGCUGUGCAUGGACCAGUAUUUUCUGUCUCAGGGCUUAUUAUUAACCCAAAAAUGGACAUGAUAAUUUCAGAAUUAUCCGUGUAUUUCAUUUUUAAUAUAUGAUAAUAAUUUUUUGGUAGAUAUGCAAAAUUAUCAUUCCUGCAAGAAUUUUAUAUUGGUCUGUCAUUUUCCGUUACCAUUUUUUGGUAAGUUGUCCCCCAAACUGAAAUGGACAGUAUUGGCCAUUGAACCAGCAUAGAGUUGAAUACACUAUUUUUUUCACACCAUUUAUUCAUUUGUGUAUUUAAUACUGUAUAUUAAACACCUACUAUGUACCAGGCACUGUGAUAGGUGUUUGGAAUACAGUAGUGAGAAAGAUAUUACCUCUCAAUACAGUUCUUUAAAUACAGACUUUGAGCAUAUAUUUAUUUGAAAGAAAUGUUUGCUACAUUUCUACAUAUAUCAUUGUUGUCAGUCAUCCAUUUCUUAGUGCCCUGUUACUAUUGCCAUUAGUUUUUCAAAUACAUAGAAAAGGAGGUUGCUUAGUAGAGGAAAGACAGAUUGGGACUCUUACGUCAGCACAAUUAUGUAAUUCACUUAGUUCCUUGCAAACUUAUUUUAAAUGGUUAUGUGGUAGGAAGACAAGUAAUGGAGUUAAUCUUUUACUUUUCACCUGCAUGUAUCUUAGCCAUAAAGACUGAGAGCUGGGAGGCUGGGCUUAAUUCAUAGCAAACUGCUCUGAGGCAAAUACAAAAAUGCAUUAUCAAUGUUUGGCUUUCUGACCAAAAGAAAAAAGAAAAAAAGAAAAGGUGACUAGGUUCAAUAGCCAUGACCCGGUUUUCAUUUCAAGAUCACUAGGAGUGUAAUAGGAAGACUAGGGAAUUGUAUGUAUGGAAUAAGGUGUUACUGAUGAAGUCGAAACAGAUAAAAACCUUUUACUUAUCUCAAAUAUUACAUAUUCUUGGAUCUAAGAUAACAGUACUUGUUAGAUAUACUUGGUUUAAUAAGAGCUUUUUAGAGUUUCUUUUUAGGGGGAAACAAAUACUAUAAUAAAUGUACAUGUGGAUUAUAAGACCCAGUCCAACUGUGGGAGGAAAACAAGUAUGAGACGUAGGAUGAAAGAAGUACAGUGGGGGCUUUUUAGAAAUUCUUACCACUGUUUACACUGUAUACAUAACUUUGUAGUUGAGAAGCAGAAUUUGUAUGUAAUAAGUAAAUGUAUGGUGCACCCUGUAUGUGUGUGUGUGUGUGUAUAUAGAAUUUAAAUAAACUUUAUUUUUGUAAUUAAA